AUGUCAUCCAACGUAUGGCCAAGAACAGAGUCAAAACGACAACGAAUAAUGGUUUUUGUUGGCGAUGAUAGUAUCAUUGAUCAAAUAGAAAACAACAACAGUGUAUCAUUUUUAAAAGAAAUUCUUCUUUCGUCCGAUGGUAGUAGUAGAGAAAGAUUUGAUAAACAGAGCAAGAUUCAACCAUCAGAUAAGAAGGUUAAACCUAAAAAUGGUUCUUUGAUUUGUGUCGUUUGUGGAUCAUCAGCACAUGGAUACAAUUUUGGUGCAAUUGCAUGUGAAAGUUGUAAGGCUUUCUUUCGACGUAAUGCUCGCAAAGAUCUUGAUGAACAAAAAGCAUCAAAACAUCGUCAAAUAGAAGAAAAUCGAAGUCUAGCAUUGCGUUCAAAUUUUCAAACAAAUGAACAAGACUUUCAAUUGUCAUCAUCUACAUUUUUGGACGAUGCUGAACAAAAAGCAUCAAAACAUCGUCAAAUAGAAGAAAAUCGACGUUUAGCAUUGAAUUCAAAUUCUCAAACAAAUGAACAAGAGUUUCAAUUGUCAUCAUCCACGUUUUUGGACGAUUUAUUUACAUCGAUAGACACAAAUAUUCUUCUCACAGAUUUUACUUAUCUUCUAUCACCUCAACCACAACAGACACUACUCAGUCCGGAAGAUUUACAACGUGUAGAAACUAUAUCAGUGUUUUAUCAAAAGCGUAUCGAGUUUGCCGCUCAUGAUGGUCUUCCAUGGGAUCCAUCAGUGGAUGCAAAAACAUUUUUACAAGUUCUCAACAGUCAAUCAGUAGCAGUCAUGCGACUUUUAUCAUUCUUCAAACAAAUACCUGAAUUUAUUCAAUUAAAUGCUGAUGAUAAAGUCACCUUAGUUAAAUAUAAUCUUACAACAAUUCUUGGUAUAAAUUGUGCACUUUCAUACAAUACAGAAACUGGUCAAAUCAUUGAAAGUACCUCUGAUGUACCAGUGAAUAUGCAAUUCUUUCCAGUACUUCAUGGUUAUAAAAUGUGUAUGCAAUCAGGAAAGAUCUUUCGUUCAUUUUUACAUAUAGCGAAAUAUGAUCGGAAAAUCAUUGAAUUAACACUGAUUAUACUUAUUCUUACAAAAGGCUUUUCAAUAAUUAAUCAUCUUGAUGAACAAAUAUUCAAUGAUGAAAUGUCUGUAUAUCGUGCACAAAAUUUUUACAUAGAACUGUUGUGGAAAUACAUGGAAACAACGCAUGGAUAUAAAAAAGCAAUUGAUCUAUUUAGUCACCUUAUUGGUAAUGCCAUUUCAUGGCAAAUCAUUCAUGAAGAAAUGCGAAAUGAUAUAAUGCGAACAUUAUCACCAGAAGAUAUUAAUGAAUUAUUGCCAAUUGUCAAAUCAUUAUUGCGCAUUUCAUAA